AUGGAAGACCCGAUCCCAAAGGCCAAGAGCCAUACCCGUAACUCGACUCGAUCCGACGACUUUCCUCAGCCAUCCGAUAAUGCCCCUGGCAUUUGCCGAAUAUGUCGAGGCGAAGGAACACCAGAGGAACCGUUGUUCUACCCGUGCAAGUGCAGUGGUAGUAUCAAAUAUGUCCAUCAAGAUUGCUUAAUGGAAUGGCUCUCGCAUUCGCAAAAAAAGUAUUGCGAGCUUUGCAAGACAUCCUUCCGAUUCACCAAGCUAUACGCACCCGACAUGCCCCAAUCGCUUCCUGUGCACAUCUUUAUUGGACAUAUGGCAAGAUAUCUUUUACAGAAUGUUCUCGUGUGGCUUCGUGGAGCUAUGGCCAUUAGUGUAUGGCUAUGCUGGUUGCCUUACUUUAUGAGAACCGUCUGGUCCUUUAUGUUCUGGAUCAGUGACGAAGGCUUCGGCAACUCUGCGGCGUCUCAAGUCAACGGAACCUUGCCAUCCUCUGGAGCUGAAAUAUCCUCGUCAGUUUUGGAUAUUGAUACAUGUCCUUCGAGCCCCUUAUUUGCGCCCACAACCACCUCGGCCUCGGCUGCCAAGGCGUUGUUCGACGGUCUAUCAGACCAGAAUAUUAGCGAUUUCCUUGUACGGCUCUUCCUAGGGAGCUGGGGGUUCUCUGGCAAGUCUGAUCGAUCCGGUGCAUCUCUUGAGUCUGCCAACACCACCGCUUCCGGUAUACCGCCAACAUUGCUUGGGGAAGUAGUCUUCUUGAACAAUCUUACUCGCAAUCCCACAAUCAAUCGAGCAGUAAUUUCAAUCCUCGAAGGCCAGAUCAUCACUAUUCUAGUCAUAGUAUGCUUUAUUUUGGUCAUACUGGUGCGGGAUUAUGUGGUCCAGCAACAACCGGAGAUGCGUGCAGCAGCAUUCGCAGCUCCCGAAAACCCUUUGGCGCAACAGGAACCAAUGCUAGUUCGACCUGAGGAUGUGGAAGAUUUACCUGGCCCGGAUGAGUCGGACGACGAAACUCUUGAUACUGGAGAGCCCAUCGCGAGCGCCAACGAUGUUGAAUUCGCUGUCGAGGUCCAAGCCGAAACACGUCGACGCAGGCGGACAAACUCUGAGCUCGCACUUCCUGAGGGUCUUGCAGCAGCCGGAUAUUUGGCAGCAGAUGCUGGCAACCUGCCCACAGACAUCAGUCCUGCCGAGGAACGUGCUAGUGUCUACGAUUACCUCCGUAUCUAUCGCCAAGCCGACGGUGACCAUGAAAGAAUUCUAGAAAUCAUUCACGAAGAAGGCCUUGAAAGAAAACUGUCCUACUGGGUUGAUGUCACUCAGCGGGCUCUCCGAGAAGGAGACGAUACUCCUGGUACCAAUGUUCAGCAUGGCACAGACUCUAUUCGAGGGCGUGCAGGGAGCUUUGGUUCUACUGCUGCCAGCUCCUCCAGAAAGGCUUUCACGCCUGGCUCUGAUGAAUCUCCCACACCAAUGGAUGCCCCUGGCGAACAGUCCUCUCCCAAGGGCAAGGAAAGAGAACAUGUGCCAUUUCUCUCUGACACGGAAUUUGAGACGGUACCUUUUCUACCUGGAUCAAAGUCAACCAUUACCCGACCUCGAGCUGUCUCGGAUGGCCCUCAGCUGCAGGAUUCUGUAAACCCUUUGGCCAAUAAUAGCUGGUCAUUUGCUGGACUACCCCCUACUGUGCCAGACGAGUCGCCAUCUGAUGAGUAUCGCCAUACCCAAUCAAUUUUCGCUUCUGAACAGAGCAAAAAAUCGGUCCAUGAUACUGCGGACGAAGCUGGCCCUUCUAACCGACCUGAUGUCCCACACAAUGAGCGAGACAAUGUCCACCGGGCUGAAUCGUUGGAUUCGCUUCCAUCGGACCCGCAAAGACCCCAACAAGCCGACACUGACCCAGCAGCCGAAGAAGACCGACCUGCUGGCUUGGUCAACAGAGUGACAGAUUUCAUGUGGGGUGAUCUGGACGAAGCUCAACAAGAAAGGCAACGUGCACUGGCGGCUGAGGCUGUGGCUGCGGCUGGCCACAUCGCCCAACUUGACGACACUGAUGGCUGGGAAACUGAGCUUGAAGAUCCUCACCCCGAGGUCCCACCUCCUGAGCUUGGUGUAGCUGAGAAUCCCGAAGACCCUGAGGAUAUGGGCGACGCCCCUGGCGCAGGACUUGAUCAAGAAGCCAUGGAAGACCUCGAAGAUUUUGAAGGCGUCAUGGAGCUCAUUGGUAUGCGCGGUCCUGUCGCAGGCCUCUUCCAGAAUGCCAUCUUCUGUGCAGUCCUCGUCUCUGUCACAAUCUUUGCUUGCAUUUUUGUCCCCUACAAUUUCGGACGUGUCAGUGUCUGGAUUCUUGCCAACCCUAUGCGCCUUGUCCGCUUGGUAUUCGAGUUCUCAAAGCUUUUGCAAGAUGCAGCUGUAAUGGCAGUUGGAUUUGGUCUGUGGGUUGUCAUCAACCUUAUCGAUAUGUUUACCGGUUUAAUUGGUGGUUUUAUUGGCGCCCAAGUCCUGUUGGCGAGAAAGGCCUCGUGGUCCCUGUGGACCAACGCUGGUUCACGGGUUCUGGACUACACUUUUAUGGAUAUUCCCAUGUCUGCUGCAGAGAUGCAAAACUUUUCCGCGAUCAGCCAUAGUGCACUCAUCUCUGUCAAGAGCAACAUCGGCACCCUCUUCACAAUUGUGACCAAAUCCGUGGGUUUCAUCCUUGGCGGCCACUUCUUGAAUAGCGACUUGUCCAUUGAGUCCGCUACCUUGGCAGCCGAUAUGGCCUGGGCCAAGCUGGUUGAUAUUUCGUCUGCACUACUGAAGCCAAAUUCAUGGGUUAUCAAUCUCAGCGAGUCCGAAGGGUCUCUCCCCAUCAACCCCGAGUUGGCCCAUUGGUCUGGACUGGACCGAUUCUGGGCCAUUUCAGCAGGUUACGCAACACUGUUUUUCGCUGGUGCACUUUAUCUCAGGCGUGGAAGCCCAUUCUCGCGAGGACACAUCCUGCAAGCCUGGGAAGCUGGUAUCAUCGAUACUCUACAUCAAGCGAGUGGCAUUAUGAAAGUCAUCAUGAUUAUUAGUAUUGAGAUGCUUGUCUUUCCACUUUACUGUGGACUUCUCCUGGAUGGCGCUCUGCUCCCCCUGUUUGAGAACACAACAUUUAAGUCACGUCUCCUUUUCACCUACAACUAUCCUCUUACUUCGGUCUUUGUUCACUGGUUCGUUGGUACUGGAUACAUGUUCCAUUUCGCACUCUUUGUGUCUAUGUGUCGCAAAAUUAUGCGCCAAGGUGUUCUCUAUUUCAUUCGCGAUCCAGAUGAUCCCGAGUUCCACCCCGUACGCGAUGUUCUUGAGAGAAACCUAACCACUCAACUUAGGAAGAUUCUCUUCUCGGCCUUUGUAUACGGUGCUUUGGUCAUCGUUUGUUUGGGAGGCGUUGUGUGGGGUCUCUCAUGGACGGUCCCUGGAGUCCUCCCAGUUCACUACUCGUCUAAUGAACCAGUGCUCGAGUUUCCAGUGGAUCUUUUGUUUUACAACUUCCUCAUGCCGCUUGCUGUUAACUUCUUCAAACCAGGUGACGGACUUCACGCUAUGUACACGUGGUGGUUCAGAACCUGCGCCAGAGGAUUGCGACUCACUUAUUUCCUCUUUGGCGAGAGAAAGAUUGACGAAGAAGGAAGCCUGCAGCUUGGAGACACCCAUGAACACCAAGAGCCCCCCUGGUACAAGACCUUGUUCUUGGAGUUGAAUGCUAGGUACCAUGUCGUACCCAAGACCUGGACCGACUUUUUCGAUGGCGGUGAUGCCAAGCCUAGGACGCCUCUUAAUAACAGCGAAAUUCGGUCGCUUACUCGCCACAAAAACCACCUGAAGGAGGCAAACCAACUGGUUGAGAGCGGACAUUUUGUUCGGGCACCUGCCUCGGAUCGUGUUAAAAUCCCAAAGGGCAAAAAGGUUUUCCUUGAAGUCGACGAACAUGGUCGAAGAAGCGACGGGCAGGACGAUGCCGAUCUUUACGCCAGCAAUCAGUACCAGAUGGUAUAUGUUCCACCAAACUUCCGGGCGAGGAUAUUCCUUUUCAUAUUUUUUAUCUGGAUCUUUGCGGCCGUCACAGGCGUCGGCUUUACCAUCAUCCCACUAGUGUUUGGUCGACGAAUGUUCACGAUGUUGAUUCCGCAACAUAUCCGAACCAACGACAUUUACGCAUUCAGCAUUGGCGUUUAUCUAUUGGGAACUGCAGCCUAUUUGGUCUUCCAUCUUCGCAGUGUUUGGACAAAGAUCCAAGAUGGGUUCUCGGCUGUCCGUGCGUCCCUCACUGCUGGGGAUCUUGAGCGCCGGACUGCUGCGGUUUUGUUACAAGGAGUUAACCUGGUAUAUGCCUACUUUUUCCUUUACAUUGUUUUCCCACUUCUGGUCUCGGGACUUAUGGAGUUAUAUCUUGUGCUCCCUUUGCACACCUACAUGCACCCCCCUACUGCAGAAUCCGUUCAGGCAUCAAGAGCGGGAGGCCCUGAAGCAAGUCGUCAUACGGUCCGCGUCAUUCAAGCCUGGACACUUGGCUUGCUGUACUUGAAGCUCGGGGCUCGAAUAGUUACAGCCAUGUUCCCGGAUACUCGCCUUGCUCUUGCUGUUCGAACAGUAACUCGAGGUGGUUGGAUGCGCCCUGACACUAGCAUCUUGACCCGAGCUUUCGUCCUCCCUGGCCUGGCGAUUGCCGGAGCUGCCAUCUUUGGACCACCGGCAAUUGCCGGUGUUUUCAUCAAGUAUAACGUGAUCCAGGGCGUUCAGCCUGGAGAGAAUGAACUGGUAGAGGCUGCACGACUUGCAAUUAUAUACCGACAUUCUUACCCAGCUGUAGCGCUGUUUGCGCUGCUAGUUAAGAACACGAUUGGGCUGGUCAAGGUGUUUAACGGCUGGACCGCUCGCAUCCGCGAUGAGGCCUACCUCAUUGGGGAAAGGCUGCAUAAUUUUGGUGCCGCUGCUGCAGGAGCGGGAAGGGUUAGAGGUGCAUGGAGAGCGGGAGGGGCAAGACUAUGA